UGUCGGUCUGUGGGUACCAUCUACACUCAUACGGUGUGAGUUGUUAUUGAAGAUAAUCCGUGAUCGUAUCGAUUACUUUGUUAUAUUUCUCAGUGAAAACUAAUGGUUUUUUAUGAGAACUUGAAUCGUACGUUAAAUAAAUGUAUUUAUUUUUGAUUUCGUGAGUCUAAGGGAGAAAAUUUCAUUCAUGAAUUUCCGUACAAAAAUAAAUUAGCUUAUCUGUGUUGUUUACAUUGGUUGUGAUCGAUUUUUUAAAUAAUCAUGGCGAAUAACGAUUUGAACGAUGACUUCAAGGGUCCAAGAACAUAUGUAGAACUAUUGAAGGAAAUAUUAAGUCCAGAGUUUGAAACUCAUACCACUAGAGAGCAAAGCAAAGUUGAAAAAAAUGUGCUUGAGUUAUGCAAAGUUAAAAAACCAUUAUUAUCCAGAAAUAGACAUAUUAGUUAUUUAAAAAAAUCAAUCACACAUCUUUCGAAAAAUUAUGAGGCUUUAGAUUGCAGCAGACCAUGGAUAUGUUAUUGGACAUUGCAUUCACUUGAAUUAUUGGGCGAAAGAUUAGACGAUGAUCUUUGCUCCAAUGUUGUUCAGUUUCUAAAUAAGUGUCAAUCACCAACUGGAGGAUUUGGCGGUGGUCCUGGACAAGAUGCUCAUUUAGCAUCGACUUAUGCUGCAGUUAAUGCUCUUUGUGUAAUUGGUAGCAGAGAAGCUUAUAACAUUAUUGAUAGGCAAAAAACUUAUGAAUUUUUAAAAUCACUACGAACAGAUGAAGGAAGUUUUCAUAUGCACGUUAAUGGUGAAAUGGAUAUAAGAGGAGUUUAUUGUGCUUUAGCAGUGGCAAAAUUACUUAAUAUUUAUACACCUGAAUUAUUCAAAGACACUGAAAAAUGGGUAGCAAAAUGUCAAACUUGGGAAGGUGGAUUCGCUGGAUGCCCAGGAAUGGAGGCUCAUGGAGGCUACUCUUUCUGCGGAUUAGCCUCUCUUGUUAUGUUAAACAAAUCAACUGUAUUUAAUUUAUCUGCAUUUAUACGCUGGAUUGUUAAUAAACAAAUGCGAUUAGAAGGAGGAUUCCAAGGUAGAACCAAUAAGUUAGUUGAUGGUUGUUAUUCAUUUUGGCAAGGAGGAGCUUUUCCUCUUAUCAAUUCAAUUUUAGCUGCAGAAAGUAAAACAAAAAAUUUAGAAGCUUAUUGGAUGUUUGACCAAAAAGCACUUCAAGAAUAUCUUUUAAUAUGUUGUCAGGAUCCCUUCGGAGGGAUGUUAGAUAAACCUGGAAAGAAUAGUGAUAUAUAUCACACUUGCUAUUGCCUUAGUGGACUUUCAGUAGCCCAGAAUUCUCCUGAAAAAGUUAUUAUAGAACCUUCUGAGGUGAAUGCAGUUGAAGUAACCCAUCCUGUAUAUAACAUUGUUUUUGAAACUGCUAUGAAAGCAAUAAAAUAUUUCUCUUCCUUACCAUUGCCUGAGAAAUGAAUAGAGUAACACAUUUCACUUCUUUUAUAUUUCAUAUAUAAAUCAUGAUGAUUACUAAAACUUGUAACUAACUGAAAACUUUGAGUGAAAAAAUGUGCAAUUUUUCUUACGACUGUUAAUGUACAUUUUUACUAAUGAAGAUUCAAAGAAUCAAAAAUUAUAAUCAAUUGAUCAAAAUUGUACUAUGUCAUAAACAAAAUUCAUUAAAAUUUGACUAUUUUUAUAAUAAAAAAUGAACAUGGAAAUUAAAAUUUUCUGAUUAAUACGAAUACGAAAUUGAAUUAACUUCAUUUUUAAGUACUUUACAUUAUAAAGUCAUACGUUAUUUAAUUGUUAUUAGUUGGUAAUAAAGUACUAUGAAAGUGUUUGUAUAAAGAAGUUUUAAAACCCAUAAUUUUGUUUUGUAUCAAGAAAUAUGUUCAAAUAAAGAAGUCCAAUUUUUAAAA